AUUAUUAUUAUUAUUAUUAAUUAUUAUUAUUAUUAUUUCUCAAUCACUCUCUUCCUCUCCGAUCUCUAAAAGGGAAAGUAUAAAGGAAUUUAGGGUUUCAUUUCUUCCGAGAAAUCCCCCAUUUGGCCUCUAUCAUCCAUUCUUGCGCCUGUGAUCUGAUUUCCUUAUUAAAGCAAUGAAGCCAGGAGUAUCGACAUUGAACCCUUAUGCUGCAUCAUACAUACCGUUGUCUAAAAGAGAAGCAGCAGAAGAAAUUGAAGUUCCUGGAGUGACCACCAAAGUUUCUCAGAUUGGCAAUCAAACUGUCUUGAAUGGACCUGCGGAGCAUACUACUCAGAACAGGCAGCACAGUCAAUCUUCUUCCAUUCCUCAAGUAUCUAUAUUGAAAAGUCACCCUGCCCAUGGCGUUUAUGAUUCAUCAUCUCAAAAUUUAAAUGAUUUGACAGACAAGCAGAUGAUGGAUGAGGAAUUUGACGUGGAUUUGGAAUAUCUUCAAAUGACAUUUCCUGGCAUUUCUGAUGAGUCUCUUAAUGAUGUCUAUAUGGCAAACAUGGGUGACUUGGAGGCCACUAUUGAUAUGUUGAACCAACUUGAGUUUGACACUUUUGAGUCUCCUGAAAAUCUUCCCGACACCUUGGACAUUGGGGAUGUCUCUGAAUUUGGGUCUUCAGCUGAGUGUUCAUUCGUGAAACUAAAGAAUGUUGUGGGUGAUGCCAGCACCUCUUCCUCCUGUUCUGCUGCCUCAGAGUCGGUUACUGUCACCUGAUUGACUUGGUGAUACUUCAAUUCUUCUUUGUGUUUCUUAAAUUUGUGUAUAACAAAAAUAUAAGUAGGAAAUAUUCCUUUGAGAUGGGAGAGAGAUGCAAAUAUUGCUUGUUUAUGGUUGUAUAGUUCUCAGGUGCUUGUUCCCUGUAUUCCCUUUUGCUUUCUGGGUUCUGUCAUGGGUGAAAAAGCCCCUUUGAGAGAUAAGCAUGCAGGAUAAUAGUAUAGUCUGAAAGGGAAGUGAUAUUUGGCUCCUUGACAAUGAUUUUGAUUUUGACAUGGUAGGCUAUCUUAUAUAGAAAAUUUGACAUCAAAGUGAAAUUCCUUA